AUGCCUCAGGUUGUCAGUGACUGUGGGGUGAUACCUGCUGCCACAGCUUCCUCCCAGAGAGAUGAAGCUGCAGGAGCAGCAGGAGGAUCCUUAGCAGCACUGUUGGCAUCUCAGUGCCAGGGGUGCAAUGCCUUGCCUGAGUUGUUGGCCACCUCCACCUCAGCAGAGGCUCAAGAGGACGCGCAGGUUCUGCUGGACUCCCUGGGCCGCGGCAACCCCAAGUACCAGCACCAAGUCUACAAAGGCCUCAUCGCGGUGCUGCCGUGCGCCUCCCCCCGAGCCCAGCAGCUGGCUCUGCAGACACUGGGGGCGAUGCAGGAGCUGGUGGGAGAGGCGCCCCCCGCGCUGCUGGAGCCCCUGCUGGCCGUGCUGGGCUCGGCGCACCUGGAGGUGCAGCAUGAAGCCCUGCAGCUGCUGCCGGCCCUGCUGCCCCUCCGUGUCCGCCCGGCCCUGCUGGCGGCGCUGGUGGCCGCGUUGACGCCUCCCGGGCACCCAGCGCUCGCCUCCCGCAGCGAGAGCACCGCAGACCCAAACGCGCUGUGCCCGAGGGAGCCAACGCUGGCGUACAUUCAGCAGGCAGCUGCCGCAAAAGCCAUUGGGGAGAUGUGGAGUCCUUUCAGCUCUCGUCCUGUCUGCUGUCACAAUGUCCCCUUUAUGGCUGGGCCUGGAUGCAAUGUGUGUGUGUCCUUCCACAGCACAGGGCUGAGGGGUGCUGUAUUGCUCAAGACCACCAUAUUCUCCACAUAGCUGUGAGCCACAAGU